CUUCCUCCUCCUCCACCAUGCUGUGUUUGGUGACAGGAUUUCAGUGCUGACCCGCUGUGUGUUUUUCAGACUGACUGGAUGAGUUAACGAAGCUCCUGCAGACAUUUUAUCAUCUUCAGAGCUUCCAGCAGACACGGACCACCUCAUCGGCUCUCAGCGCUGACGACACCGACGUCUCCUCGCCUGUGAGCGCUGAACGCGGCGUUUUAACUCCGGUGGUUUCGCGGUCAGAGAGCCGAGGACAGGUGGAGCUGCUCGGGCUACCUGUUCGCUCCCCCCGACCCCCCACCAGGGCUGUCGGGUUCGGGUUUUGGGUCCUCCUGCUGCAUACCUACUGACCCACUUCUCCGUGAGUUCAUAAACACCGCGGUGUCUGCGUUUUAAGGAGAUGAGUGGUGUUGUGGAAGCCGUGGUAACCCGGCGGGGAGAGCGCCAGUAAAAAGCACAGACGAAGAAUCAGAAGGGAGGAGAAGAGCCAGCGAUGACCGCAUCUGCUCACCUGGAACCCGGGCUGCUGCUGCUGCUGCUGUUGGCCUGCUGCUGGCAGACACCCGGGAGGGUCGGUGGAACCGUGCCAGCGGCACCCGUGAACAUCUCUGUGACCCAGCUGAGGGCACACUCGGCCAUGGUGACCUGGAACAUCCCUCAGGGUGACAUCGUCAUUGGCUACGCCAUCUCCCAGCAGAGGCAGGACGGCCUGAUGCAGCGUUCCAUACGGGAGGUGAAUACAUCCAGCCGCUGGUGUGUGCUGUGGGACCUGGAUGAGGACACACACUACAGUGUCCAGGUGCAGUCCGUCGGUCUGCACGAUGACAGCCAGCCCAGUCGACCCGUCCACUUCAGAACUCUGGAGAGAACCGACCAGUAUCCAGCCAGAGUCCUGGACCACCACGAACCAGCGAUGGAGGGCUUAGGUAUGACUACUCACCUGCAGACAGGAGAGCUGCUCAUCAUCACCACGGUGCUGCUGCUGUGGGCAGCCGUCAUCGCCCUCUUCUGCCGGCAGUACGACAUCAUCAAAGACAACGAUUCCAACGGCGCCAAGGAGAAAGCCAAGAGGCCGCUGGUCCGAUCCAGCUCGUCCUACUACAACGCGUCGGCCGGCAGCUCACCGCUCUACCACAACGGCGCCGUCCGCAGCAGCAGGCUGCACCGAGCCUCCUCCUCCAUCAACAUCAUCAGAGUCUGAUCUCUGAAUCUGUUUUGGAGAAUUUCUGCUUAGGAGGAACUUCAGCUGGAUUACCAUGAUGAGGGGAGAUUUUAUAGACCUGCUGCUGUUACCAAGACUCUAAUCUGCUGUAAAAUAUGAUCAAAGUCAGAGGAGCUCCAUGAGAACUGGGCAGUAGUUGGUGGGUGGAUGCUGCCCUCUGCUGGCAUGAGACGGAACGUCUAAAGACAGAUGUGAAUCUUUUCCAACAUGUUUCCAGUCCUGUUCACCUCAGAUUGGUUCAUCUUCAGCCAUCUGGUGUUUUCUGCUGAUUCUUUUUGUCUUCUCAACAGAAUGAACAUUUAGAGCAGCUGUGUAUGAUCUUGGUCCUCGGGGGCCACCAUACUUCGUAUUUUAGAUGUUUCUUUGCUCCAGAUGUGUGGGAUGCCAUUGUGCCAAUUGGAAGGUAAUACCUUUUAAAAAUUACAGCUACACUCUUAUCACAUUUAGAUUUUCAAAAUGUUUAAAGUACUUUUUUUUACCACAUUUAACCAUUUUUGGUGUUAUUUGUCAAUGUUUAAGCCUGAAUAAAAAAAAAUUAUGUCACAAUAAAUAUUAAGAAACAAAUCAAAAUGUCAAAAUAUACUAAAUAUUUAGAUUAACUGUAUUAAGUCAUUAUUAUUAUAUCAUCAUCAUCAUCAUCAUUAUUAUUAUUAUUAUUAUUAUUGUUGUUGUUGUUGCUGUUGUUAUUGUAAAAUCUAAAGGUUAAACUUUAAACUUAAAUAUUUAGAAGAAAAAAUACAUUAACAAAGUCACAUCCAAAUGUUGCAAUUGUUUGUGGCAAUUUUAAACUAUUUAGUCAAAUCUAAAUAACCUAACUGGGUAUCUUACAUCAAAACUAAAUAUAUAAAGUUAAAUCUGAGUUGUUAGAAUUUACUUGAAUUUAAAACCCAAUUUAAACAUUUACAUUAACAUCUUAAAAAUUUUAAGUUCAUUUUAAACAUUUCAAAUGAAGAGUAAUUAAGUUUUAACUAUAUUCAUAUCAUGGUCAUUCUAAAAAUAAAUCACUAAGUUUCAACCAAAUGCUGAAUAUAUAUAUAUAUAUAUAUAUAUAUAUAUAUAUAUAUAUAUAUAUAUAUAUAUAUAUAAGGUUUAAACAAAAUGUGUAGUUAACAUGCAAAUUCGGACUGCAGUAGUACGGAAGUAACAUACCAAAAUAAAAGCACGGUGGAACAAUUCCUCACAUCAGGCACAGAAACUCGAAAAAUUUGAAUGACGUGCAAAUUUCUUUUAGUUCAGAAAUCCAGCUUAGACUGAAAGACCAUCUAAAGGCUCAGGAACCUUUUGCAGGUGUUUUGGAUUCAUUAGCUGAUUAGAGUGUGACACUUUGAGUCUAGAAUAUUAAAACUUUUCACAAUAUUCUAAUUGUGUGAGAUUUUGAAUUUAGGAUUUUCAUAAGCUGUAAACCAUAAUCAUCACAGUUAUAACAAAUACAGGCUUAGAAUAUCUGGAUUUGUAUGGAUUAUAUGAAUAAAUACUCAGAAUGUCAUGCCAUCAAAGAGACUUUAAAAUCUUAGAACUUUGGUUUUGGCAAAUUUCAUUUUUCGGCAUCUUAUGUUAAUUUGUAUGUUAGCUAAACAAAUUAGUUUCAGGCCUUUUAUCUUUAGAUUUCAAGUUUUAGAUCAAAACUUUUGCUUCCAAAUAUACAGAUUUAAAAAUAUUGGACUAAAGAUAAGUGAAACUUAAUUUAUUUAAAAUAAGUCAGGUUUCACUUAACUUAAAUUAUCAAUCAAUCAAUACUUUAUUAAUCCCAGAGGGAAAUUAGAGCUUCAGUACACACAAUUCAGAGAUCAGACAUACAUGGGCAAGACACAUGACAAGAAUUGGUGACUGUGGUCAUUCGCAACCCGAGUCGCACUACCUGAAAAGAGAUCAGAAGGUUUUAUAUAUGAGGAUUGAGUCAGGUGGAGGGAAAAAAGGCACUUCAGAGUUACCCUCCACAGGGAGGGCAGCUUUGCUCUGCAAAAAAACACCUCAGACAGAUUUGCAACAGACUUCAGACAACACACAACAUAAGUGUCCACUAGGUGGGGUGGUGGGUUGAGACUAUCCCUACUUCAGUUCCUGCAGCCACGAUAAGCAGCGCAUGUCACCUCAGUGUGGAUAGGGGGAGGAGCAUUGAGAGUUGGAGGGUUGCAGUGACCUUGGAACGUUUCAGCGGCCUUCCCAGUCCCGCCCAGGCUGGGAAAGGAGACAGAGUUGAGUUGCCAUAGCGACAACACAUUCCACAGGUUUUCACAGCAUCAGUCUGCAUUCCUUUGUGGGGUUUUAGUUACUUGCAGCUCAAGGCUACCAGGUCGUCAGAUUCAGAUAACAAGAAUUUGUUUGGGUCAGGCUGAGAUAAUUUUCCUCUCUGCCUUCAGUCUUUAAACUGAUCACUCCAGUCCUUCAGUGAAGCCAAUUUUGGGUUUUUAAGCUUGUCCAUACUGUCCGGUGACUCUCUCCGAGAUGACAUAAAUUUUGCGCUCCCGUCUUCCCAAAUUUCCAGAAAACCAGAUAUCCUCCCACUCCAAUCAGGAGAAAUCCAGUGAUCAUCAGACCAAAUAUCCACACGUCUUCGAUGUCCUCAAUGGACAGCUGAGAGAGGCAUAUGAUCUUCCACUCCUUCCAGGAAUCCAACAUAUAUCCCACUGGGUGUGUCCCCUGUGGACAUGUGGGAGCCCCCUGCUCCGUUCUCAUUGCUGAAAAAAUCUUAUCGAUCACAUUGAAUGACCAAUUUAUCAAAUCCAUGGUUAGUAAAAAAAAUAGAGUUUUUCAGAAGAAAUGCAGAGAAGGGCUCUGUGGACAGACAGGACAAAGAGCCUUGGGGAAAAAAAAGAUAAGGGAGCAAAAGAGGGAAGCGUCUGUGCUAUGUGUACUAUGUGUAAUAUGUAUCAUACAUAUUAAUUUAUAUAUAGUAAUCUUAAAAAAAAUCUACAUAUAAUUUAACAAUUGGUGCUUCAUACAAAAGACCUGAACUGAAUCAGUGGUUUAUAAACAAACUUCUGCAGAACUUAAAGUGUUGGAGCAGAGAAACAUCUGGAACAUAAAAACUAGUUUAAACCCGUUUUUCUAACAAGGUUCCUGUGAUUUUUAUCACGUUCCUUCAACUUUCAUCUCAUGAUCAUUGAUUUGAUGUUGAGACCAUCAUCAGGAUUUAGUUAGAAAUCAAAGUGUUUGUGAUAAGCUUUAAAUGUCAUGUUUAAGGUGGUGAAUUUACACUGUAAAAUUUUCAUAAAAGAUUUAAUUAAAUGA